AUGGAAGUUGUUGAAGGGUCGGUUGAGGGCAAAUAUGCCGCGAUUCUAUCAAAGCCGAAAGCAGUGCAACAAAAAAAGGAUGCUGUUGGAGGGUCGGUUUCAGCCACAGAGGAGGGAGUGCUGCCUAACCCGACAUCAGUAGAACAACGAAAGAGUGGACAUCAUGUGAAGCCAACUACCGUCAACCAACCUGAUGGCUUCUUACGCUACAGAAAAAGAGAGCGUCACAGUCCAGAUAGACGAGAUGCAUUCCUCGAGGCUAUGGAGCAUGCUAAGAAUCAGCAACCCUGUGACGAUGACACCUUUCAAAUUGACACGUUAAUGUCUUUUUUCGACUGCACCAAGGUGGCUUCUGAGAAGGCGGUUGAUCAUGUUCUCGCAUACAUCCGGAAGCGCAGGGAUGGUCUCCCUCAGUGUAGAUUUGACUUCCUUGACGCCUCCUUUGUUGCUGAGCUCAUUCGUAACUACAGGGAGUUUAAUGCCUGCCCCUCUAAGGAUGCUUACUCUUUCUCCCCGUGUUUGAAGCAACCGUUUAUAUCCCGCCCUCAAUGGUUCACGAAGGUUGAUGUCCUCUACGUCCCUGUCAUGGUGAAGAAAAGCUACUGGGUUGGUGUUAUUGUUGAUUUAAAUGUCUGGGCCAUGUAUGUUGUUGCAUCCAACACAGCUUGUCCUUCGGAGGUAGAUCUCACUUCAGUCAUAACACCCUUUUCGAUUCUUCUCCCCCACCUCAUUGGUAGGUAUAGUGUCGGGAACAAGGCGCAAGAACUCCAUUUUGCACCCAUGACUAUUUCCCGUCUCGAGCUUUCUGCACUUGUAGAGCAUCCAUGUAAGCGUUGUUCAGCUGUGGUGACCCUCAUGUUGUUAGAGUUGCACGCUGUAGGUAAGCCGUUGAAUUCUGUGCAUUUCAGUGAUGAGCAGGCAAAGACAGCAGCAGAGAAUUAUACAUUUGAAACACUGCAGAUGUGUCAGCCCGGAAAACUUCCUCCGCCGGAGUAG